UCUGAAUCAUUGUCCACGAUUUGCUCGCAUGUGCUGGUUACAUCGAACUGUCCUCAGGGCUUUCUUCUUGUUGUUCUCUGUCUUCAUGUCUCUUUUUAAACGUCUGGCUUCGCCAGAACUGGCCCAACUGGGCGGGCGUACGUCCAAAGUGGCUAUUGAAUUUUCUGGCGAUGGUCUCCCAGUGAACUGGACCUUUCAAAGAUUCCAUGAUGUCCUCGAGGAUAUCGCGUUCUUCUUGGGACAAUGGCUUUAGGGAGUGAUUUAUUUAGAUCUGAGGAGGGUUCUUAAUGAUAUGGUGUUUCCUACCUACCUUGGCUCUGACUUUAUUUCCCACUUUGGCCUUCUCUGCAUCGGGGUUGCCUUCGCCAUUAUCCGCAUCUUCAUCGUUGGGUUCCGCCCUUGAUUUGACUCUGCUGUUCUGCCGUUUGGUACCCGUUGCACGCUUUUUAGUCUUUUUUUCCUUGACCUCGACAUCACCGUCCCCAUUCUCCUGUUUCUUUCUCGAUUGCUUAGCGCGCUUUUUGGUCUUUGUGCCGUUAGGUGGAUUGUUCGCUUCAGUCUCGCUUUCGAUGGGGUUGAGUUCAGUGUCGUUCUCGCCUGUGCUCUGCACAAGCUGUUCCGACGCUUCGAAUUCGGCUUGAGCGACGGUCAUUUUUGGAUCGAAGGUCAGGCAGUGGUUAGACACUCGGUAUGAACAGAUGGCUUCGGUGAGAUCUGGGGAAGAGGAAUGUGCAAAGAUGGAGGUUUUACUCUGUUGACAAGAUGGUCCUUCUUAUUCGGCGAGGCUGCUCAAAGGAUGAGUAUAUGAGAAGAGAAUCUGUGUGCUCAGGUUUUCACAAAGCUAGUGUUGAAUGUGAGUUUGAUGGGUUGUGGGGAAGUUUGCAGGCAAAUGAAGUAUGGAACACGGAAGCUAUUUGUAAAUUAAGGCUUUGCCAAAGCUUCUUGACAUCUAAAGAAUAGACUAUUUUUAUAUGCGAUGAGCUUCCCCGUAACCGUUGCCUUUCGGACGUAAUGGAUCAUCGAAACCCAAUGGCGACAUUGGUUGCGACAUUACUAUUUC